UCCUGAAGGGAUGGCGGAGGCUCAGAAUCUGGAGGCAUUCUCCCUGGCCAUUCACUCUAUCCAGGCGCUGCGUUCCAGCGUCACCCGGGUUUUCGAAUGUCUGAAGGAUGGCAUGAAGAACAAGGAGAGCCAGGAGGUUCGGGAGAGAGCCUUCAUCAACGAGUUCCAGGAGAACCUCGACUGCGUCAACCGGGAUCUCAAUGAGCUGGAACGUCUCAGUAACUUAGUCGGGAAACCAUCUGAAAACCAUCCACUCCACAACAGCGGCUUGCUCAGCCUUGAUCCAGUUCAUGACAAGACUCCUCUGUACAGUCAGCUGCUUCAGGCCUACAAGUGGUCUAACAAGCUGCAGUACCAUUCCGGCCUAGCUUCUGGUCUGCUAAAUCAGCAGUCACUGAAACGUUCAGCUAAUCAGAUGGGAGUGUCUGCCAAGCGUCGGCCUAAAGCUCAGCCUACAACCCUUGUCCUUCCACCCCAUUACAUCGAUGAUGUCAUUAGCCGAAUAGAUCGCAUGUUUCCAGAGAUGACCAUCCACUUAUCAAGACCCAACGGCUCAUCAGCUAUGUUGCUGGUGACGUUGGGCAAAGUAUUGAAAGUGAUUGUAGUGAUGCGCAGUCUGUUUAUUGAUCGCACCAUCGUGAAGGGUUACAAUGAAAAUGUUUACACAGAAGAUGGCAAGCUGGACAUUUGGUCGAAGUCCAACUAUCAGGUAUUCCAAAAGGUUACUGAUCAUGCCACAACUGCCCUCCUCCAUUACCAGCUGCCUCAGAUGCCAGACGUCGUGGUCCGAUCUUUCAUGACCUGGUUAAGAAGUUAUAUCAAGCUGUUUCAGGCUCCUUGCCAACGCUGCGGGAAGUUUCUACAGGACGGCCUGCCACCCACAUGGAGGGAUUUCCUUGAGCCUGAGCCAGCGGUGCGGAAGAAGAGCUUUGUCUACUUUGACAGCUGUCUCCUACCACACACCGCUCUCUAUGCUGAUCUGUCACAGGAGGCCGAGUGGAGCGUGGGCAGUGCAGCCAUGUCCAGGGAGGUUGGCUACACUCCCAUCGACCUUCAGAAUUUGCAACGCUAA